GAAAUUCGGUGUUCUUCGACUUGUACCUCUGUAACUACGGAAUGGAACCGCCGAAGGGUCAGCACACGCCGGAGAAAUCUUCCUCCGACGAUCCGUCGCCGGUGACCUUCGUCUCUCCUCCAAUCGGAUGCUGUGUUAACUGCGGCGGACCAACUGCUGACGCGCCGCAACCGCCGACAUCAUGGCCGGAUAUGUCGCCACCGCCGGUUUACCGGCCGAUCCGGGCUCCGGCGAUUAAUCUCCCGCCGAACAAUUCCCAGGCGAUUAUCCUUGCUCCGGUUCCUCACGCUGAGAAAGUUUCGGGCGUCUCACUGCCGUAUAACUUCGAGUGUCCCGUGAAGAGGAUUCACUCACCAGACGAUAUCCGACGCUUCCAUGAAUCCACUUCCGGUAAGAACUUCCUAGGGUUCGUUGUUGCUCUGUCGGAAUCGAUCCGUGGCCACAAGAUAUCGGAUCCGUGCCACGUGUCCCGGACCGUCGCCACUAUCGUCUCCAUCCUAGAGACCACGAUGCAGUGGAUCGACGAGAUUCCUCCGGCUCAACAGUCAUCGCGAUACGGAAACGUCUCGUAUCGCACAUGGCACGAGCGGCUCGAAGAGAAGGGUGAGUCACUGAUGCUUGGGUUUCUCCCUGAAGAGUUCAAAGGAUCGACAAUCGAGAUCGUUCCGUACUUCGCCGAUAGCUUCGGGAACGCGAGCAGGAUCGAUUACGGAACUGGGCAUGAGACGAAUUUCGCGGCGUGGUUGUAUUGCUUGGCGAGGAUGGGGAUCAUCAAAGAAGAGGAUUAUCAUGCUGUGGUGGCUAGGGUUUUCGUCAAGUACCUGGAAUUGAUGCGGAAAUUGCAGAUGGUUUACAGCUUAGAACCUGCUGGAUCGCACGGAGUAUGGGGGCUUGAUGAUUACCACUUCUUGCCCUUCAUAUUCGGGAGCUCCCAAUUGAUUGAUCACAAGUAUAUGAAGCCGAAAUCAAUCCAUAACGAUGACAUUCUGGAGAAUUUCUCGAAUGAAUACAUGUAUCUGGCUGGCAUUGCCUUUGUGAAGAAGGUAAAGAAGGGGUUGUUCGCUGAGCACUCGCCGUUGUUGGACGAUAUCAGCGGCGUGCCGAACUGGAAGAAGGUGAACAGUGGAUUGCUCAAGAUGUACAAAGCCGAGGUUCUCGAAAAGGUCCCCAUUAUGCAGCAUUUUCUCUUCGGCUGGCUCAUCAAAUGGGAAGAGUGAUCUAGCACCACCGAAAUUCCCGAGGCCGGGCUACAUUUUUCCCCUCUGGUUACUUGCUCGGGUUUUGACUGAAAGGGAUAUACCAAGAAUGGCACUGCUCUGGACCAUAUCGAGUCAUCUGAGUUUUGAGUAGGUCGGAUUCUUGGUGCUGCAAUGAGAUACUAGGGCUUUUUUUACUGUGUUAUGUUUAAUGUACUUGCCACUUAGCCCUUUUGUUUGGCAACUUUGAAUUGGUCUUCGAUGCUUUCCUCUUCCUCUUAGAGAAUUAGCGGUUCGGGUUUCGCAGCAGCGUUUUCAUAUUGACCGCUGCGUUUCGGGUUUUUUCAGCGGCAGUGGUUGGUGACAACGCGGUGGCUUUUGUCGGAUUUGUUUUGUUUUCUGCGCUUGGUGAAGUUACAAGCGUUGUCGGAAAUUCGGUUAAGUUUGAAUCUUA